AUGGCUGGGAAGGGUGAGGGGCCGGCGAUCGGCAUCGAUCUCGGCACCACCUACUCGUGCGUCGGGGUGUGGCAGCAUGACAGAGUAGAGAUCAUCGCCAACGACCAGGGGAACCGGACUACGCCUUCCUAUGUCGGCUUCACGGACACCGAGCGUCUCAUCGGAGACGCCGCUAAAAAUCAGGUGGCCAUGAACCCAAUCAACACUGUCUUUGGUGAGUACGUUGAUGGUUCCCGUGGCUAAGAUCUCUUUAUUAUUCUGUGUGUCGAUCAUGGAUCUAAUGUUUCUAUUGCACUCAAGCCGCCAUUUUCUCAAAUCGAGCUAAUGGGUUCUUCAUUGCUAUGGAUAUGGCGUAGAAGGUUUUAGAUCGUCACUAUGUCUGAUGUUUUACCGUUCAACGUUUUUUGGCUUGAUUUAUCAUGAUGCGUCCUUCAUACUUCUGAUCAGGAGCCGAAAGUUAUCGGAAGAUUCCAAGGACUCCGAACGAAAAUUCGUUCUUCGUAGUUUUCGAGACGUCACCGGCCUUGACUCUCUUUGAGCUGACCCGUUUCCUUAUUCUUCGACGACUAAGUUAGUCGUUUUAUGUUCAUAUUCUAAGAGGUCGGUUGCUGCUGGUUGGUCCGAGUAGUUUAUGUAGAAGCAUUCUAUAAAACUCGAGGGAAGGAUCACGUAUAUGGCUUUCUCUUUUUUCUCGAAAUAGAUUUUCUGCCGUCAUAUAUUGACCAAUUAGAUCAUUGUUCUUAGGGUUCCUUUGAAAAUAUCAUCUAUUUUCUUUCGAUCCAACGACUGAAACUCGUUUCAAUUUGUCUACUGUUUACAGUAUUCUACAUAUAUGUUUAUUCCACAAGUAGAAUGCUCUGAAUUUUUUAUAUCUAUCGUUAGGAAUAUCUGGAGGUCCUUUUAAAAACUUAUUAUUUCGUAACGCGACGACUUUGUACUGUGUGACGACUUUCAUUUAUUAUCCAAGUAUCUCCUAUCAUGAUUUGAUUAUGUUGAAUGUCUCAAUAUUAUUUUUUUCUCACUAUUAUUACUAUCAUUGAUUAUGUGUGAACAUUCUCUAUUGAUAUUUUUUGAAAAUGAGAUAAGGCCAGUUAUCAGAUGAGAGAGAUAAAAUUGUUCUCACAAGUGUCGAUCGAGUAUGCCAUCUGAAUUACGCCAAUUCUCUUUUCUUAUUAACUGAUCUAUGCUAUCGACUUCCGUCAUUAGGCUAGCAUUGUAUUAUGUAUCCCUGCCAAUCGAGCUAUGCUACCUAUUUUUUGGCGUGGGAUGUUUUCUUCUACUCAUCUUAACUUUUCUUUUGUUAUCCAGAUGCCAAGCGUUUAAUUGGCCGAAGAUUUACCGAUGCAUCUGUUCAGAGCGACAUCAAGCUCUGGCCAUUUAAGGUGAUUUCCGGGCCUGGGGACAAGCCCAUGAUCGUCGUCCAGUACAAGGGCGAGGAGAAGGAGUUUGCCGCAGAGGAGAUCUCGUCCAUGGUUCUCAUCAAGAUGAAGGAGAUCGCUGAUGCGUACUUGGGCACUACCGUCAAGAACGCCGUGGUCACUGUGCCUGCGUAUUUCAACGACUCCCAGCGUCAAGCUACCAAGGAUGCUGGCGUCAUUGCUGGUCUCAACGUGAUGCGGAUCAUCAACGAGCCCACUGCAGCUGCUAUCGCAUACGGUCUGGACAAGAAGGCCACCAGUGUAGGGGAGAAGAAUGUCCUCAUCUUUGACCUGGGUGGUGGCACAUUUGACGUCUCCCUCCUCACCAUCGAAGAGGGCAUCUUCGAGGUCAAGGCGACGGCCGGGGACACCCACUUGGGCGGGGAAGACUUUGACAACAGGAUGGUCAACCACUUCGUCCAGGAAUUCAAGAGGAAGCACAAGAAGGACAUCAGUGGGAACCCCAGGGCCCUCAGGAGACUGCGGACAGCAUGCGAGAGGGCGAAGCGAACCCUCUCUUCCACCGCCCAGACCACCAUCGAGAUCGACUCCCUUUACGAGGGCGUUGACUUCUACACGACCAUCACCCGGGCCAGAUUCGAAGAGCUGAACAUGGAUCUGUUCAGGAAGUGCAUGGAGCCCGUGGAGAAGUGCCUGAGGGACGCCAAGAUGGACAAGAGCACCGUCCACGACGUGGUCCUCGUGGGCGGCUCCACUAGGAUCCCUAAGGUCCAGCAGCUCCUCCAAGACUUCUUCAACGGGAAGGAACUCUGCAAGAGCAUCAAUCCCGACGAGGCCGUCGCGUACGGAGCAGCCGUCCAGGCCGCCAUCUUGAGCGGCGAAGGGAACGAGAAGGUGCAAGAUCUGCUGCUGCUCGACGUGACCCCUCUGUCCCUCGGCCUGGAGACGGCUGGAGGAGUGAUGACCGUCCUGAUCCCGAGGAACACCACCAUCCCCACCAAGAAGGAGCAGGUCUUCUCCACAUACUCCGACAACCAGCCGGGCGUCCUGAUCCAGGUCUACGAGGGGGAGAGAACGAGGACGAGGGACAACAACCUCCUGGGCAAGUUCGAGCUCUCCGGCAUCCCUCCGGCGCCGAGGGGCGUCCCCCAGAUCACCGUUUGCUUCGACAUCGACGCCAACGGCAUCCUGAACGUCUCCGCCGAGGACAAGACAACCGGGCAGAAGAACAAGAUCACCAUCACGAACGACAAGGGGCGGCUGAGCAAGGAGGAGAUCGAGAAGAUGGUCCAGGAGGCGGAGAAGUACAAGUCCGAGGACGAAGAGCACAAGAAGAAAGUGGAGUCGAAGAACGCCCUGGAGAACUACGCGUACAACAUGAGGAACACCAUCCGGGACGAGAAGAUCGCCUCCAAACUCCCCGCCGCCGACAAGAAGAAAAUCGAGGACGCCAUCGACCAGGCCAUCAGCUGGCUGGACGGCAACCAGUUGGCCGAGGCCGACGAAUUCGACGACAAGAUGAAGGAGCUGGAGAGCAUCUGCAACCCGAUCAUCGCCAAGAUGUACCAGGGAGCCGGCGACGGCAUGGAUGAGGACGGCGAGCCCCCUGCCGCCGGCAGCAGUGGCUCCGGCCCCGGGCCAAAGAUUGAGGAGGUCGACUAA